GGUCCAGUGAAGUCCAACAACAUUGUGACGAUCACUGGGAUAUCCCUGUGCUUGUUCAUCAUCGUUGCCACCGUCCUCAUCACGCUGUGGAGGAAGUUUGGCCGUCCCCCGAAGUGUGGCACCCCCGCCCGGCACAACUCCAUCCACUCCCCAAGCUUCCGGAAGAACUCCGACGAGGAGAACAUCUGUGAGCUGAGCGAGCAGCGUGGGAGCUUCUCGGAUGCAGGUGACGGGCCCUCGGGGAGCCCGGGGGACAUGGGCAUCCCCCUGACCUACAGGCAGAGUGUGCCAAUGACUCCUGAGGAUGAGGCCUCUGGCAGGGAGAGCUUCCAAUCCAACGCCCAGAAGAUAAUCCCCCCUCUAUUUAGCUACCGGCUUGCCCAGCAGCAGUUGAAGGAGAUGAAGAAGAAAGGCCUGACCUAGACCACCAAAGGGUACCACGUGUCUCAGAGUCCCCUGACAGACACCGCCAUCGAUGCUGCCCCGCUGCCCUCAGACCUGCCCUUAGACCCAGAGAGCCCAGAAGACGC